AUGGGUGAUCCGAAUAAUGAGCCUAGAGCGUACAGAAGACCCAAUGGAGAUUUCCCCAGAAAUGCGGGUGAUCCAUUGGUGUUGCCUCCUGGAAUAGACUCCCAGACUUUCAAGAAAUUUACCUUGCGUGUUGCAGACGUCAUUGGCUCUGAAAAUGUCACUGUCAUUACUAAAACCGAAGAGUUGGACAAAGAGAGCUACAUGGACCCAAGCAAAGUCCAUGAUAUGUUCUAUGUCGUUGACGAAGACUACUUUGUCAGCUCGGCAGUGGUAGCCCCACGAAACGUUCGAGAUGUUCAAGAUAUCAUGAAGCUUUGCAAUGAAUUCGAGAUUCCAGUGUGGCCGUUUUCCAUCGGCAGAAACGUCGGCUACGGUGGAGCUGCACCCAGAGUUCCCGGUAGUAUCGGUCUUGAUAUGGGCAGAAACAUGAACAAGGUUCUCAAUGUGGACGUGGACGGGGCAUAUGCUCUCGUCGAGCCUGGCGUCACGUUUACGGACUUGCAUGAGUAUCUUGUCAAAAACAAUCUUCGAGAUAAGCUCUGGGUUGAUGUUCCAGAUCUCGGAGGUGGUUCGGUCCUGGGGAACACCUGCGAAAGAGGUGUUGGAUAUACGCCUUAUGGUGAUCACUGGAUGAUGCAUUGUGGACUGGAGGUCGUGCUUCCUGAUGGGAGUCUUAUUCGGACUGGAAUGGGCGCAUUACCAGAUCCCAAUGGCGAUCCGAGUUUGCCUCCGCAUGAACAACCGGCGAACAAGUGUUGGCAGCUUUUCAAUUAUGGAUUUGGACCAUACAACGAUGGAAUAUUCACUCAGUCGUCCCUUGGUGUUAUCGUCAAGAUGGGUAUAUGGCUCAUGGCCAACCCUGGUGGAUACCAAUCUUAUCUGGUCACUAUACCCCGGGACGAGGAUCUGCAUCAGGCCAUUGAAAUUAUCCGGCCUUUGAGAGUCGGAAUGGUGCUGCAAAAUGUGCCCACCCUUCGUCAUAUCCUGCUCGACGCCGCAGUCAUGGGAGAUCGAAAGACCUACUCGAACUCAGACAAGCCUUUGACAGACGCAGAGCUUGACGCGAUAGCUACGAAACUGAACCUGGGCCGUUGGAACUUUUAUGGUGCAUUGUAUGGCCCUCCCCCGGUCAGAGAAGUGAUGUGGCAAGUGGUGAAGGCAUCGUUCUCAACGAUCCCUGGAGCUAAAUUUUAUUUCCCCGAAGACAUGCCCGAGAAUACGGUUCUUCAGACACGGAAUCUUACAUUGCAGGGUAUCCCGACCAUGACGGAGUUGAAAUGGGUUGACUGGCUACCUAACGGAGCACACUUAUUCUUCAGCCCCAUUGCCAAAGUUUCUGGUGAUGAUGCUGUCGCACAGUAUCAACUGACUCGUCGCCGCAGCCAUGAAUUCGGAUUCGACUUCAUUGGUACUUUUGUUGUGGGUAUGCGUGAAAUGCACCAUAUCGUCUGCAUUGUUUUCAAUCGCAAGGAUCGCGAACAACGGCGCCGGGCACACCAACUCAUUAGUACGCUUGUUGAUGAUGCAGCAAAGCAAGGUUGGGGAGAGUAUCGGACACAUCUCGCACUGAUGGAUCAAAUUGCUGGGACGUACAACUUCAAUGAUAAUGCACAGAUGAAGUUGAAUGAGAAAAUCAAGAAUGCUUUGGAUCCCCGGGGUAUUUUGGCUCCAGGGAAGAACGGUAUAUGGCCCAAGAGCUAUGACAAGGAGGCUUGGAAGAUACCCAUGUGA